UUUAUCUGAUUUAGAGCUUCAUACGUCUUUAAUAAUUGGAUGGUUAUAAAAAAGUUUCAUGCAAAUAUAUGUAUUGAAUAUGGUUAUAUGCAAUUCCUUUAACUGUUUUAUGUAUUUUGGAAUGUUACUUUGAUGAGCAAUUACGGACCAUCUGAAAGAUAAAGAAAGGGUUCCGGCCACGAUUCUGACCGGAUGUCGCUUAUAUGGAGAUAGUCGUGCACGAUUAGUUGGUUUGUUUGUUUAAAUACUCAUAUACAUCUCGCCUCUGAUUGGGUUCAGAUCUUUUUUAUUCGUGUCAUAGGUCUGAUUGCAAGGGUUUUUUCUUUUCGUAUUCUGAUUUGGUUCAGGUACGUUUUUAUUUCCAGUUUGUUUAGUCGCAUUAUUUUGAGUUUUGAUGUAGAAAGAGUUCGUGGAAAUAAUAACAUAUUCGGUGGUGUUACAAAUGGAUAUUUUGCUUUCACUGAGGAACACCAGUAACCGUGUGGAUACAGGUGCAUUGCCUCCGUUUCAGUUCAGCUAUUUGAGAAAUAGGAAAUCAUUAUCUGAGUUUUGGCGGGAUUGUCCUAUUCUGGCUGAUAAUUCAAAGGAGCAUAAUUGCAUGCCUUAUGAACAUUAUACCGCAACAUUACUUGCAGUAUGUUCAUGUUAUCAGUAUAUUUGUAUUCUAUCUUCAAGAAAUACAAGCAACUAACUUCGCUUACCAUUAUGUUCAUCAUUUGUUUCUAGCCUAUAAGCAUAUACGUUUUACACAUCAUAUCCAUUUGUGUUGUGCCACUACUUGAACACAAUUACAUUCUAUCAAUUUUUUGUACAAAAUAAUGGCGUACGAGCUGCUAAUAUAUACGUCAUCCAAGUUAAACUUCUUCCUAACAUUUCCUUUCUUUAUUUCACAGCCCUACUUAUGAAGCUUCGUAUUCAGAUGGUUCUGUGGGUAGCGCACCAGGUGAAAGUGGACCGUCGACUACAUAGCCAUGGAUUAGCGGCAGAAGAUUUCGCGAAUUAUUGAAUAAAACCGGGAGCUUCAUGAACUCCUUUUAAGUUUUUUUCGCUGUAAUGUAUGUUUUUAGACUUGGCAUACAUGUUUGCUCUUAAAUGGAUUACGCAACAAA